CGUCAUCAUCAUGGAAUUGCCACAGCCAGGAGACGAGUCUCGCGUCCUUGUCAUAUACACAGGAGGAACCAUUGGCAUGCUUGUUGGCCAACAAGGAUAUGUUCCGGAGCCCUAUUUCUUGACGGAAACUCUACGUAGCCAGUCGCGUUUCCAUGAUCCUUUACAGGACUCUUUGUUUUCACACUCUGGAACAGUCCAAGGCUUUAGAAACUGGAGCAGGGGAAAUGGUCGAUCAGAGAGUCCGCAACGCAGCUCUGGUACAGCGACACCAUCCGAUGUACCUCUACCGACACUACGCGUGAGGUCGACACGUCCAAUUGGGCACUCUUCUGGUCUGGUACCGGACAGCCCGCUGUCGAAGCACCAUCCACGGUGUAAACAAAUCGCAGAAAACGUAUACGAGGCCAAUUUACCCAGUCUGGUCACUCCGCGGACCAAAACUCCAGGCAGCAGCCUUAGCAAAUCGAUUCGUUACGCGAUCCUUGAGUGGAACCCAUUACUCGAUAGCAGCAAUAUGGACAUGUCAGACUGGAUAAGAAUCGCAACUGAGAUUGAACUUAAUUAUAACUCGUUUGACGCGUUUGUCAUACUGCAUGGAACCGACACCAUGUCGUAUACCUCCAGUGCUCUGAGCUUCUUGUUAGAAGACCUCGGGAAAACAGUGAUCAUAACCGGUGCUCAGAUUCCCCUCUCGCAACUACGAAAUGAUGCAACUGACAACCUAAUGGGUGCACUCAGCAUUGCUGGACACUACAUAAUACCUGAGUGUUGCUUGUAUUUUAAUCAUACCUUAUUCAGAGGAAACCGAGUCACCAAGGUUUCAUCUAAUGACCUCAGUGCUUUCGACAGCCCGAACUUCCAACCUCUAGUCAAAGUCGGAAUUGACAUUGUUGUCAACUGGAACGACGUUAUCCGACAGACGGGGCUACGGCGAUUCAAAGCCUACAAAGCCCUAUCCCCCCAUGUUGCAACACUUCGCCUCUUCCCUGGUAUUACCGGGACCACGAUCAAGGCAUUCUGCUCAGAAGGGACACGAGGCGUUGUUCUUGAGACCUUCGGAGCCGGGAAUGCCCCCCAGCGGACGGAUGUCAUCGAGGCGCUAAGGGAGGCCUGUGAUCGUGGUGUGGUCAUCGUAGCGAUCUCUCAAUGCAUGAAAGGCGCUGUAUCAGACGUAUACGAAACAGGCCGAACCCUCAUGCAAGCUGGGGUGGUCCCUGGUAUAGACAUGACACCGGAGUGCGCAUUGACGAAGCUAUCCUAUCUCCUCACGAAGCCAGAACUCUCGGUUCGAGAAGUUCGUGAGCUUAUGGGUAUGCCUUUACGUGGAGAGCUCACACGGGUCUCGAUGACUGCCCCUAGCUCGAGCGAGGCCACUAUCAACCAAAACAUGGACAACAUUCAGCACGUCCUCAAUCAAUUCGUUCGCCUCUCUGCGCGCCCCGGCGCUUCCCACUCGCACGGCCCGCAAAUCACACUGAGUACCCACGAACAAGAACAAGGGGAGCACCCAGACCCGCAGAAAACCUCUGCUCCAUGGACUUGGACUGCUGCAGAGGCGGCGUACACCGAGGCAAUCUUGUAUCCCUUCUUGAUUCAUUUGGCUGCCAGCAAGAAUGAUCUGGAGGCUUUGAGGUCAUGUCUUGGGACCGCUGAAUCAGUGGAACAGUCCUUAGCCCCUCCGCCGGCCACAGAAACGCCGAAGUACGGCCUGGUUGCUGGGGGUAUCGUGAACUGUCUAGAAGCAGCGUCCGGUCGUUCUCCACUCCAUGUUGCCGCACUGAACGGCCAUACAGAAUCGACGCAAUUCCUCCUUCAGUCGGGUGCACUCGUACAUUUAAGGGAUACCAUGGGACAUACUGCACUCUACUAUGCUGCUCGACAAGGGCAUGAAGCUACUGUGGAUGCGUUGGUGCAAGCAGGGGCGACGCUGGGUGGAGCAGAUAGGAGAUUCGCCAAACUCCUUUACAACGAAGCGAUGGAAUCCAACGAUGAGCAAUUAGUAGCUCUUUGGAAGAAGUGCGGCAUGUAGGAGGAGAAAUCCAGUAGAUUAUAGACAACCAAGAGAC